AGUCCUUCGAAACAUCAGCAUCAGGGUUCUUGAGAGGCAUUAGCCAAGGUAAGGUGUCACUGUAAAUAUGGAUCCGGAGAUGGAGUGUUUUGGCCAAGCGGCCGUCUAUCUGCGGAAGCCAGAACGAGAGAGGAUUGAGUCACAAAACCUUCCGUUUGAUGCCAAAACUGCUUUCUAUGUGGCUGAGCCAACUGAGAUGUACCUCAAAGGUGUCCUCCAGAGCAAAGAGGGAGGAAAAGCCACUGUCAAAACUCUGUGUGGCAAAGUCUUGACAGUGAAGGAGGAUGACAUACAUCCCAUGAAUCCUCCAAAGUUUGAUAAGAUUGAGGACAUGGCCAUGAUGACCCACCUCAAUGAGCCUGCUGUGCUGUACAACCUCAAAGAGCGUUAUGCAGCAUGGAUGAUCUAUACUUAUUCUGGGUUGUUCUGUGUUACUGUGAACCCCUAUAAAUGGCUCCCAGUGUACGAUCCUAUGGUUGUGAUAGCCUACAGAGGCAAAAAAAGAGUGGAGGCCCCGCCCCACAUCUUUUCCAUCUCUGAUAAUGCCUACCAAUUCAUGCUUACUGAUCGUGAGAACCAGUCAAUCCUAAUCACUGGAGAAUCUGGUGCAGGAAAGACUGUGAACACCAAACGUGUCAUCCAAUAUUUUGCGAUAAUCGCAGUGUCUGGACAAAAGAAGUCAGAGCCUGUUCAUGGAAAAAUGCAGGGGUCGCUGGAGGAUCAAAUAAUUGCAGCCAACCCUCUACUGGAGGCAUAUGGUAAUGCCAAGACUGUGAGAAAUGACAACUCCUCUCGCUUUGGUAAAUUUAUCAGAAUCCACUUUGGGUCCACUGGAAAACUGGCCUCAGCUGAUAUUGAAACUUAUCUGCUGGAAAAGUCAAGAGUAACCUUCCAGCUGUCAGCUGAGAGAAGUUACCACAUUUUCUAUCAGCUGGCAACUGGCCACAAACCUGAACUGCUGGAGGCUCUCCUGAUCACAACUAACCCAUAUGACUACCCAAUGAUCAGCCAUGGGGAGAUCACUGUUAAGAGCAUCAAUGAUGUGGAAGAGUUCAUUGCCACGGAUACAGCCAUUGACAUCUUGGGCUUCACCUCUGAAGAGAAGAUAAGCAUUUACAAGCUGACAGGAGCUGUGAUGCAUCAUGGGAAUAUGAAAUUCAAGCAGAAGCCGAGGGAAGAGCAAGCUGAGCCUGAUGGCACUGAGGUGGCUGAUAAAAUCGCUUAUCUCAUGGGCCUGAACUCAGCUGACAUGCUGAAAGCUUUGUGCUAUCCCAGAGUCAAGGUUGGGAAUGAAUAUGUGACCAAAGGGCAAACUGUUCCACAGGUGAACAAUGCAACCAUGGCUCUGAGUAAAGCAGUCUACGAAAAAAUGUUCUUGUGGAUGGUUGUCCGUAUCAAUGAAAUGUUGGAUACAAAGCAGCCCAGGCAGUUCUUUAUUGGGGUGCUGGAUAUUGCUGGGUUUGAAAUCUUUGAUUUCAACAGCUUGGAACAGCUUUGCAUCAACUUCACUAAUGAGAAACUGCAACAGUUUUUCAACCACCACAUGUUUGUGCUGGAGCAAGAGGAAUACAAGAAAGAAGGAAUUGAGUGGGAGUUCAUUGACUUUGGUAUGGACUUGGCUGCUUGCAUUGAGCUUAUUGAGAAGCCAAUGGGCAUCUUCUCCAUCCUUGAAGAGGAGUGCAUGUUCCCCAAGGCCACAGAUAUGACCUUCAAAAACAAACUUUAUGACCAGCACCUGGGUAAAAGUGCAACCUUCCAAAAGCCAAAGCCUGCUAAAGGCAAGGCAGAGGCCCACUUCUCCCUGGUACACUAUGCUGGCACUGUGGACUAUAACAUUACUGGCUGGCUGGAGAAGAACAAGGACCCCUUGAAUGAUUCUGCUGUCCAGCUGUACCAGAAGUCUUCACUUAAACUGUUGUCUAAUCUGUUUGCUACACAUGCAUCUUCUGAAGCAUCUGAAGGGGGUGCCAAAAAAGGUGGGAAGAAGAAGGGUGGCUCCUUCCAGACUGUGUCUGCUCUGUUCCGGGAGAACUUGGGCAAGCUUAUGACCAACUUGAGAAGCACUCAUCCUCACUUUGUGCGCUGCCUCAUUCCAAAUGAAUCAAAAACCCCAGGGUUGAUGGAGAACUAUCUGGUUAUCCACCAGCUGCGUUGUAAUGGUGUACUGGAGGGAAUCAGAAUCUGCAGAAAGGGGUUUCCCAGCAGAAUCCUCUAUGGUGACUUUAAGCAGAGAUACAAAGUAUUAAAUGCCAGUGUUAUCCCUGAGGGACAGUUUAUUGACAACAAGAAGGCAUCAGAGAAGCUUCUAGGUUCCAUAGAUGUGGACCAUACCCAAUACAAAUUUGGGCAUACCAAGGUGUUCUUCAAAGCUGGACUUUUGGGUCUUCUAGAGGAGAUGCGAGAUGAAAAGCUUACCAUCCUUGUUACCAUGACUCAGGCACUGUGCCGAGGUUUCCUCAUGAGAAGAGAGUUUGUCAAGAUGAUGGAGAGAAGAGAGUCCAUCUUCACCAUCCAGUACAACAUCCGCUCAUUCAUGAACGUGAAACACUGGCCGUGGAUGAAGCUGUACUUCAAAAUCAAGCCUCUUCUGAAGAGUGCAGAGACUGAGAAAGAAAUGGCGGCCAUGAAGGAGAACUUUGAGAAGAUGAAGGAGGAUCUGGCAAAGGCUCUGGCCAAGAAAAAGGAACUCGAAGAAAAAAUGGUCACACUAUUGCAAGAAAAGAAUGACUUGCAGUUACAAGUAGCUGCAGAAGUUGAAAACCUCUCAGAUGCUGAAGAGAGAUGUGAGGGGCUCAUUAAAAGCAAGAUCCAACUUGAGGCUAAACUCAAAGAGAUAACCGAGAGACUGGAGGAUGAGGAGGAAGUCAAUGCUGAGUUGACUGCCAAGAAAAGAAAACUGGAGGAUGAGUGUUCUGAGCUGAAGAAAGACAUUGAUGAUUUGGAGCUAACAUUAGCUAAAGUGGAGAAGGAGAAACAUGCCACUGAAAAUAAGGUCAAAAACCUAACUGAAGAGAUGACUUCUCAAGAUGAAAUUAUUGUCAAGUUAACCAAGGAAAAGAAAGCUCUUCAAGAAGCACAUCAGCAGACGCUUGAUGAUCUGCAAGCAGAGGAAGACAAAGUCAACACUCUGACUAAAGCCAAAGUUAAGCUUGAGCAGCAAGUAGAUGAUCUUGAAGGAUCUCUUGAACAAGAGAGGAAACUUCGCAUGGAUCUUGAAAGAGCAAAGAGAAAGCUUGAGGGGGAUCUUAAACUGGCCCAGGAAUCAAUAAUGGAUCUGGAGAAUGACAAGCAACAGUCAGAUGAAAAGCUAAAGAAGAAGGAAUUUGAGACAAACCAACUUCUUGGUAGAAUUGAGGAUGAGCAGGCUCUUGGCGCACAGCUUCAGAAGAAGAUUAAAGAACUCCAGGCUCGCAUUGAGGAGCUUGAGGAGGAGAUUGAGGCUGAGCGUGCUGCUCGUGCCAAAGUGGAAAAGCAGAGGGCUGAUCUGUCCAGAGAACUUGAAGAGAUUAGUGAAAGACUUGAGGAAGCUGGAGGUGCCACUGCAGCCCAAAUUGAGAUGAACAAGAAACGUGAAGCGGAGUUCCAAAAGCUGCGCCGUGAUCUGGAGGAGUCCACCUUGCAGCAUGAAGCUACAGCCUCAGCUCUCCGCAAGAAGCAGGCAGACAGUGUGGCAGAGCUAGGAGAGCAGAUUGACAACCUACAGCGGGUGAAGCAGAAGUUGGAGAAGGAGAAAAGUGAACUGAAAAUGGAGAUUGAUGAUCUGAGUAGCAGCAUGGAGACUGUAUCCAAAUCAAAGGCUAAUCUUGAAAAGAUGUGUCGUACACUAGAGGAUCAGAUGAGUGAGUUAAAGACAAAGUCUGAGGAACAACUUCGUCAGCUGAAUGACAUUUCUACCCAAAAGGCACGACUUCAGACUGAAAAUGGUGAAAUUGGACGCCAACUGGAAGAGAAAGAAGCUCUUGUUUCUCAGCUGACUCGAGGCAAGCAAGCUUACACUCAGCAGAUUGAGGAGCUCAAAAGGCAAAUUGAAGAAGAGGUCAAGGCAAAGAAUGCGUUGGCCCAUGCUGUGCAGUCAUCCCGUCAUGACUGUGAUCUCCUUAGAGAACAGUUUGAAGAAGAACAAGAAGCCAAAGCUGAGCUGCAGCGUGGAAUGUCGAAGGCAAACAGUGAGGUGGCUCAGUGGAGAACCAAAUACGAGACCGACGCAAUCCAGCGCACCGAGGAACUUGAAGAUGCCAAGAAAAAGCUUGCCCAGCGUCUGCAGGAUGCUGAGGAGUCCAUUGAAGCAGUGAACGCCAAGUGUGCCUCCCUGGAGAAGACUAAGCAAAGAUUGCAGGGUGAAGUGGAGGACCUCAUGAUCGAUGUGGAAAGAGCUAAUGCACUUGCUGCAAAUCUUGACAAGAAGCAGAGGAACUUUGACAAGGUCUUGGCAGAAUGGAAACAGAAAUUUGAGGAGAGUCAAGCAGAGCUGGAGGGAGCCCAGAAAGAGGCUCGUACCCUGAGCACAGAGCUUUUCAAAAUGAAGAACUCCUACGAAGAAGCUCUAGAUCAGCUAGAGACACUGAAGAGGGAGAACAAAAUCCUGCAGCAGGAGAUCUCAGAUUUAAGUGAGCAGCUUGGUGAAACUGGAAAAACUAUCCAUGAGCUGGAGAAGGGAAAAAAGACAGUGGAGGCUGAGAAGUCAGAAGUACAGACAGCUCUUGAGGAAGCUGAGGCCACACUGGAGCAUGAAGAAUCCAAGAUUGUUCGUAUCCAGCUUGAACUUACCCAAGUUAAGAGUGAGAUUGACAGGAGGCUUGCUGAAAAGGAUGAGGAGAUCGAGCAGAUCAAGCGAAACAGCCAGAGGGUGAUUGACUCCAUGCAGAGCACUCUGGAUGCUGAGAUUCGAAGCAGAAAUGAUGCCCUUAGAAUCAAGAAGAAGAUGGAGGGUGACCUCAAUGAAAUGGAGGUUCAACUAAGCCAUGCAAACCGCCAAGCUGCUGAGGCCCAGAAACAGCUGAGAAAUGUCCAAGGACAGUUUAAGGAUGCUCAAUUGCACCUUGAUGAGGCUAUACGGGGACAAGAGGACAUGAGAGAACAGGUAGCCAUGGUGGAGCGCAGGAACACUUUGAUGCUGGCUGAAAUUGAGGAGCUAAGAGUUGCUCUGGAGCAAACUGAGAGAGGACGCAAAGUGGCUGAGCAGGAGCUGGUAGAUGCUAGUGAGCGUGUAACUCUGCUUCAUUCUCAAAAUACAAGCCUCAUCAACACCAAGAAGAAGCUAGAGGCUGAUCUUGUGCAGAUUCAAGGAGAGAUGGAUGAUACCAUUCAGGAAGCACGGAAUGCUGAGGAAAAGGCCAAAAAAGCUAUUACUGAUGCUGCCAUGAUGGCAGAAGAACUAAAGAAGGAGCAGGACACCAGUGCUCAUCUGGAGAGGAUGAAGAAGAACUUGGAGGUUACAGUCAAGGAUCUGCAGCAUCGCCUGGAUGAGGCUGAGAGUCUGGCGAUGAAGGGUGGAAAGAAACAACUCCAGAAACUGGAGGCCAGAGUGCGUGAGCUGGAAAGUGAAGUUGAAGCUGAACAGAGACGUGCAGCUGAAUCAAUUAAAGGUGUUCGCAAAUAUGAGAGGAGAGUAAAGGAACUCACUUACCAGACUGAAGAGGAUAAAAAGAAUGUGACCAGGCUGCAGGAUCUGGUGGACAAACUGCAGAUGAAAGUGAAGUCCUAUAAGAGACAAUCUGAGGAAUCUGAGGAGCAGGCCAACACUCACCUGUCCAGGUACAGGAAGGUACAGCAUGAGCUGGAGGAGGCUCAGGAGAGAGCUGACAUUGCUGAGUCACAGGUCAACAAGCUCAGAGCCAAGAGCCGUGAAUUUGGAAAAGGUAAAGAAGCUGAGUAAGAAGAUGGAAGAGAGUAGCAGCUCAUACAAUAUGAGUUCUAUGCAGUAUUCUCAUUAAAAUAUUAUCGUGGAAUAUAACUAUGACCAAUAAAAAAGCUUAUGAUCUAAAAAUCUGUCUUU